GUAACAGAUAACAACAACCGAGUAUACGGGUAUACUGAUACGCAUGCGCAGUUUUCCGUGCCAAUCCAACUCCAGACCAACAAUUGUAAAUCCGCGUCGUAUAGCGCUAGUGUCUAAAUGUAGAAUCAUAAUAGUCAUUAACAUUAUCGAUAGUGUUCUGGUGAUGCAUUUAUGGUCCUGAUUAGUAGUGUGGCGCUUUUUUGUACCUACUGUCGUUCAAACUUUUAAGGUUAGUUUUUCGCCGAAAAAAUGAAAAAUGUGGUUACGAGGUUGUGAAUCGUAACUGGUGGGUGAUUUAAGAAAAUGUGGACAACACUGAUAGUAUGUUUAGACAAAUUUUUAGACCCAAGUAGUGUGCAUUUUCGGCGCUUUGCACGAGGCCGAAAUGACGUGUCGUACUGGGCCAUGAAAUUCCUGCGUUAAUUUCGUAAACAAAUAUAUUUAAAAUUGGUGGCCCGUGGCUUUGACAGGGUAGCGAGAUUACUGCACAAAUAUAGCGAAAAACCGUUGUAUACGAGUGUAAAAAAAUGGCACGCGGUCUUGUGUUGUCCACAGCCAUCAAUGGAAGAUUCUAGAUAUUCUUAUUGCUUGUUACAGGACGUUAUAUCUGGCGAAUGAAUGACAAUGCAGUGAGGACAGCGGAGAUCCUGUUUGUUUCAAAAUGAAGAAUACCUUAAACAUCAGUUCCCGGCUGACGUUUGGAAUGGAGGUUCCAUGUUCUUUCUCGGAGGGAACGCGACCCGUAACUGUAAACAAGCAUUUUCCACACUGCCGUGGGAAUUGCCAUCUGCUUAUUAUUAUUCUGUUUCAUCAUGUCCUCUGGUCAACUUACGCCACUCUUCAUCUCCGUCGUCGUCUUUUCGAUUUGGAUCGUCCGCACUUUUGCGUCUACAAACAAGCCAGUUCUCAGCAGUGGAGUCAGGACCGUAGCAGUUCCUGGAGGAAAUGUCAUGGUCCCUUGCAAUUCCAGCGAGGCUGUGUUCCAUUGCGACACUUCUGCUUGUGUUCCUCACUCGAGUUUAUGCAACGGUAUUCCAGACUGCUACGACGGAAAAGAUGAGAGCGUAGCGCAAUGCGGCUGUCUGCCGAACGAGUUCCGUUGCAGUAAUUCCUGUGUCGACCUCGUGAGACGCUGCGAUCGACAACCUGAUUGUGCAGAUUCCGAAGAUGAGCAGGGCUGUGAAACUUACGUCUGCCCGGUGACACACUUCAAAUGCAACAGCCACUUCUGCAUUCCAGGCGACAACGUUUGUAACUUCGUUGACGACUGUGGCGACGGCUCGGAUGAGAACAAAUGCUCUCACAGGAAAUGUUGGAAUGCGGAGUUCAAAUGCCAUAAUGGGGAAUGUAUCAGACCUGGCUUUGUGUGUGAUGGAACCCAGGACUGCAAGGACGGGUCGGAUGAAACUGACUGUGGCCCAGAGAUGUUUGUGGUGUGCGGUGAUGGGUCGAAGGUCCACCGCUACUAUUGGUGUGAUGGUUGGCCUGACUGCCCCGACAAUCAUGCUGACGAACUGAACUGUCAGAACUGCACUGGUGUCGACGAGUUCCUCUGCCCGAACGGGCGUUGUAUCCGCCGAGCUAACGUGUGCGACUCCCAGUGUGACUGUGUUCCCAACCCGUUGGAAAGCGCGUUGCACCAGCCGUGCGCCGACGAGACCGACUGCGACACCUAUUACACCAACAUCUACGGUAUCCAUCUGUGUAAUCCAUCUCUGACUCUGAACUGCAUUGAACCAAACCAGAACAGAGAUAAGGACCGUUGCAUACACCCAGAAUUCAUCUGUGACCAGACAAAUGACUGUCAGAAUGGAAAUUACCUGUCGGAUGAAUUUGGCUGUCCGAACGGGAUGGACGUAAUCGGAGAGAGUAUAGUUUGUGCCGACAACCGCUCACUGCCGAGGGCUCUGCGUUGCGACUUCAAGUGGGAUUGUCUGGACGGAAGUGACGAGCAGAACUGUGAGCCUCGGGUAUGCACAGAAGGAGAAUACAGAUGCAGAAAUGGCCAGUGCGUGAACUUGACCCAGCGCUGUGACUUGCAGUUUGACUGCUGGGACAAGAGCGAUGAAUUGGACUGUGAUAAUGAACCAUGCCUUGAGGGUAAGAGAAAAUGCUUUAAUGGUGGGCAGUGCGUGGCCGAGUCCCUCUGGUGCGAUUUCAUCGUAGACUGUCCGGAUGGUUCGGAUGAGAGCAACUGCGAUUUGACGCUGCCAGUCUGUGGGCCAAAUCAGUUCCAGUGUAACAACAGCCAGUGUAUUGACGCUUCGCUUCGAUGCUACAACUCUGGUAAUCCUCGCUAUGGUUGCGCAGAUGGAUCCCAUCUCAUCGGAUGCAAGAAUUGGACAUGCCCACCAGAUACUUUCAAGUGCCGAAAUGGUCCUUGCCUCAAUCAGUCUCUGGUGUGUGAUGAAAAUAUUGACUGCCCCGGAACCUGGGUGGAUGAAGAUGGAUGCUUGUUUGCGUGCUCAAACGUGGAGCCGCGCUGUGAAUGUCAUGAUAUACACAUUAACUGCACAAACCUCAGCCUGGAUUGUGUUCCUCCUGACAUUGAAGAGGAAAUCACUUGGUUUCAUCUGGCAGAUAAUCUGAUAAAUUCCACUUUCUCCGAAGAUAGUUUUGUGCAUUUGGAUCGUCUUCUAUAUCUAGAUCUACGAAACAAUAGCAUCUCGGGUAUUCCGCCACUGGCUUUUCGCAACUUGUGGCGUCUGCUUACGCUAAAUUUACAACACAACUGUAUCAAGAUAUUAAGCAACAGCUCAUUCUAUGGACUCACCAACCUCAGUAACCUACACCUCCAAGGAAAUGGUAUUCGAAUGCUUGAAGCCAUGGCAUUCUAUGGGCUUUCAUCUCUAAUUUUGCUAGACCUCAGCUGGCAGAGGAUCAACAACAUUUCUCAGGGAGCUUUUGUUGGACUCAGGAGUCUCGUCGGACUUGACCUAUCACACAAUGAAAUUUCAUAUCUGGUUGAUGGAACAUUCAUCGGCAUGCCACAUUUAUUAUCUUUGGAUCUGAGUAGCAAUGCAAUCAAAGUGAUAAGCAGUAAUGUGUUCCGGAGUGUAGCGUCCCUCAAUAAGUUGGUAACGGAUGAAUUCCGGUUCUGCUGCCUGGCGAGACACGUGGAAGUGUGUCUUCCUCUUCCUGAUGAGUUCUCAUCCUGUGAAGAUCUGAUGUCCAACCUGGUGUUGCGUAUCUGUGUGUGGGUUUUGGGUGUGUUGGCCACACUCGGCAAUAUCUUGGUUAUUGGUUGGCGCAUGCGUUUCAAACAUACCAAUCAGGUACAUUCAUUCCUGAUCACAAAUCUGGCUAUCGGAGACAUGUUCAUGGGAUCAUACCUGCUUAUAAUUGCUGGGGUGGAUGCACGAUACCGUGGUGUGUACUUCAUCCAUGAUUUGGCUUGGCGAAGCAGUGAGCUCUGCAACCUGGCAGGUUUUAUCAGUACUUUCUCCAGUGAGCUGUCUGUUUUUACACUUACAGUCAUUACACUAGACCGCUUUCUAGUCAUCAUCUUCCCAUUCCGAGUGCGUCGUCUGGAGAUGCCCAAGACGAGACUGCUGAUGGCGCUGGGCUGGCUAGCAGCAGCUAUUUUAUCUGGUCUACCUCUCUUGCAUAUAGACUAUUUUCAGAAUUUCUAUGGCAGAUCUGGAGUUUGUCUGGCUCUCCACAUAACACCUGAGAAACCCAGUGGAUGGGAAUAUUCCGUGUUUGUGUUCCUCUUUCUCAACUUGAUAUCCUUCUCGAUCAUUGCUCUGGGCUACUUGUGGAUGUAUGUAGUGGCUCGAACAACUCAGCAGGCUGUGCAGAAAGAACAGCGAGCGUCCGACAAUGCUAUGGCUCGACGCAUGACUCUCAUCGUAGCGACUGAUGCUGCGUGCUGGAUGCCGAUCAUUCUGUUGGGUGUUCUUUCACUAGGGGGAAUCACUGUACCUUCACAGGUGUUUGCAUGGGUGGCGGUGUUUGUUCUACCAUUAAAUGCAGCUGUGAACCCUGUCCUGUAUACCAUUUCAACAGCACCAUUCCUGGGACCUGCACGGCGGGGUCUGAGGACAUUCAAACGAUCCUGCAAGCUCUCACUGACAACGGACCAGCGCCGUACGUACUCCUCCACGCUGGGCUCUACUUUUGCAAAUAACUGCAGUCACUGUGACGUUGACUGUAACCUCUACCCACAACUGGAACAAACGAAUGGUAAGCUGCAAGAGGACAGAGAAGGCUGUCACUGUAUUGAUGGAGAUGAGGUUGACAUGGAGCGGGAUGUGAAACAUGAAGCGAAUUUACUGGCUCUUACCAAAAGACGUAUGACAACACACAGAUGGAGGUCAAGCUCCUACUGUAACACUACAAACGUGACACAACGUUCAACACCUGGUCCUACAGUUCUCUGGCAGUCUGGUAGCUGUCGGCGUACCAAUGCAAGUAUCGACACCGCAGUCUCUGCUCAUGGCGAAAUCAUCCCACUGCGACGCCUCCAUAGCGAUUCUCGCAGUAAUGGGAACAAGUGACAGUUGGUUGGGAAGGGGAGAGACAGAAGAAAUAAGGAGAGGUUACGGCAACUGUAUGACUGAAUCAGACAGUUCUGCUGUCACAAGCAGGUGGUUGGCAACAGUGACAGAAUGAGCCAACACUACAGCGUUCUACAGUGAAUUCUGUAUUGUCUGUGUCAGAAGAAGUAACGUGAUAGAACUAAAACACAAGAAAAUUAAUGAAUUGAAAGAGAAUAACUUUCCUUGUUGAGCGGUAUUUUCUUGUUAGUUUUGUAGCGAGGGAAGUUAGUAGGUUUCAAGAUAAUUUGUUCAUGUUAGGUUCUGUAGAAGGAAAUAGACUGGGUUUAAUCAGUAGCUGUGUUAUGCCAUGUAUGAAGUUCAUAUGCAUACAUGCGUGAUAUGGAUAAUAACCACGUUACUGAAGUAUUUAAGUUGGAAAUGAGAUCACAACAGCUUUAAGAAAGUGAUGACAAAUCUACCAUGCCAAACUUGUUCUUAUACCUUACGCUUCUUCAUCCAUUUCAGGCAGAUUUUAUUGUCACAUUUUACAGAAAUAAAUUUAUUUUAUAUUAUUUCAUAUUAAGACAAAUAACUUUGAUAUUGCUACAGGUUCAUUAGCUGCAACCAGUUCAGUGCUUUGCUUUACUAUUUUGCCCAGGUCAAGUAAUAUCUGUUUUAUUGACUGUUGCAAUGAAGUAAAACUAUGUCUGUGUGGAAAUAUGGCUGCUAACAGGCCCGUUGUCCAUCCUUCAGUUGAUGCCUGAGCGAAUAUUGACAGUAAAAUCCAAAGGACUCGAAGGAAAACCUGUCACGGUGCCAUUAUGUCCACUACAAAUCCCACAUGGACUGAUGCUGGCACAAACUCGGGCCUCUGCAGUGAUGUGGUGACUUGCCUCCUGAGCCGUGUCAAGGCCUUAUCCAGAAAAAUUUUGAAGUGUGAAGCCGACCGCUCGUCACCCUCCUGACAAAGUUUACACAUCUGGUAAUUUUCCAAAUAUUUCAUUUUGACUAAAAUAUUACCUUUGCGUUAAAUGGUUCAUGUCUUCAGUACAUGAUACCAUUGUUAUUUCUAUGAAUCUCAAAUGGCAGUGGUGAAGUUUGGUGUUGUCUUCAGCACUGAAGAUGGAGGUGAUAUGUUCCUCCGAAACAUUGGUAAUUACAAGGCCACAUAGUGUCACAUCCCCGGAAGACCACUUUUGACAAAAUAGUGCUGUUUUUUACAUUUUUGGUUAAAUGAAACUGCCAUCUGUCUCGGCAAGACAGAACAAAGUGACAUUUGGAAUAAAAUUAGAUGUUAUUGCUUAUGACUGUACUGUUCUAAUUAAGUACUCUGUAUUUUAGUGAAAAAAGGUGUUAAUAUGAUAUUUUAGGUUCUCAUUCCGGUGAAGAUGAAUGCUCUGUGAACGUUGGGCUCUAAAUGCUUAUGUAGCAGGAUACAAAACUGAAGAUUUUCUGAACAUAUUACGUAGGCUGUAAGUGAAAAAUCUUACAGCACUAAAAAUUGUGGACAUCGUAAGAAAGAGGCAGCUUCUCUGAUGAAAUACUGUUGGUGUACAGUCUCUGCCAAAUAAUAUUUGGUCAGAUGUUUUAAUUUUUUAACUUAAUUUUCCUGUCAGUAUUAAUCCACUUACUUUUCCAUUAUACCUACUGGCAAUGUGUUAUCCCACCUAUUAAUUAAUUAAUUAAUUAAUUAGGUGUCAGUACUUAUCAUACAACCUGUUUGGAACAGUUUCAGUUCUCAUAUAAGUACCGUGUUGUUUCUGAUGAAUAUCUGAAUACAAUACACAGGUUUUCAAAUGUGGUGCUAAUCAUGUUGAUGUUAUAUUAAAUUCUGCAAGUGUGAUGUUAAACUAAUUUGUACUGCAAUUUAACUUUGUCAUACCUAUUUUACUUAACUUGUGUUGCUGCACCGAGAACAUACACCGCCCUGAAAAACUGUUAUUUUACAGAAAAACUUGUCCUGAUCACAGAAAUGCAAUGUGAUACAACCUUGAUUUCCAUCAUGUCUUUUUAGCACUUCUUUAGUACAUUGUGCAAACUUUCGUAGUCGAGUCUCCUAGUUUCAGAUUAUUUUUAAGGAAAAUUGACGAUGUGCAUUUUAGAUAAAAGAAUGUGUUGUCCAUUUUAGUAUAAGAACUUGAAUUUAUUUUUAUACAACUUUAAUUUUUUGAAUCAAUCAAAAUAUUUGCUGAUAUUUGAAACAUAUCAUGGUAUAUAUCUAACCAUUUCUUGCCUGUCUUUUGUCUAAAUAUUUUUGUAUUAAUUAACAUUCAAAAUAUCUGUUACAUUUAUGUCCAUCAGAGAAAUAAUUAACCAACUACCUAUCAAGUGAAUUUAUUUAUUUUGUUGAAAUUAAGCAGAUGGAAAACUUUGUGUUUUGUCAUUUCAUAAACAUCGAAGCUUGCUAUGAGGCACUGAGAUGAAACCUAUCCUGACAUAUCUGGAAAUUACUAUAUAUCUUUUAAUAUGUGUUAAUAUGUGCAACAUUGCACUAAUUUUCUUUCUGUUCUAAGGUGGGGACACUGUAUUGUAGUGGGCUGUUAUUAAUGUUUUACAACUUCUCUCAGAAGAAAACUGGCAUUGAAAAUGUUCUUUAAGUUCCAGUCUGUUUCCCUAUCGGCCACUCAGCUACCAGUCGCAGCGUAUAAUUUUUCAUUGCCUAGUACAGAGAUCACCAACCCUUUUUGGGUGUGGGCAACUGAGGAUAUUUCAGUUCAAAACAGGUACCACAUACUUUUACAUGCACAUACACAAAGAACUGUAUUUGAUUAAAGAGACUACUUUUAUGAUUAAGGGGCCAUUAA